UGAUAUUUUUUUGCCGAACAAAGAAAAGGAAUACCAUCAAGAUCAAAAAAUGGUCGAUGAAGAUGCACCACCCACGAAGAAGCUCACCCAAGAGGAGCUCCAGAAGAGUGUAGACCGCCUCACACGUCCUCACCGCCGCGAAUGGGAACUGAAACCAGUUAUUGAGAAACGUACCAUCACGCAGGAGCAGCUUGAAAAGCAUAUUAAACACUUAUACGACGACUCCCUCGCGCGCCGCCAGAUGGAGCGUGAGGAGGUGGCGCGGCAGAUGCAGGCUGAUAUUCAAAAAAAUUCGAUCUUGACCACCACCCAGAUUGAUGCGGAUGAGGAGGAAAAGAUGGUGAACCGCCUCUACGAGCAGUCCACCGCGCGGAAGGAGCGAAAUUUUAUGGAGCUAUACGCCCGAACAACAACGCUUCACAAAGAAGGUGAGCGAAAGCUAGCGCCGGCAGAGCAAGAGAAGUUGGUACAGCACCUCUACAAGGAGGGCAUGCAACGGGAGCGGGAUAAACAUAUCGCGCUGUAUGAAAAGUUCGUUUUAAACCGUAGAGCUCAAGCAGUACGGACGCAAGCUUAUGAGUCGGAAAUCUAGAGAACGGUGCCACUUCGCGGGAUUCGAUGGAAAACUGAUUGAAAGAGAAAGGAAAAAAGGGAUGGAGUGGAGCGGCUACUCCUCCUCCGAAAGACGCAGAAAGAAAAAGGGAAUGUUAAGAGCGAGCCUCGAUCAGUGUGAAGCUGAAAUGUAUAUUAUAUGUUGGCUGAGGGCCUCAGGAAAAGGCCGCUGCUUAUGGCCUUUUUAUUAUUAUUACCAGAAAA